GGGUGAAGAAAUUGGCAGGCGAGGGAGAACGGUGCCUUACAUCAGUCCAACAGUCAGCAUCCCGAUGUUCUUUCCUUUUCCCUCCUCCAGACCACCCAAAGCCCUAUAAAUAAUCGACUCUCCCCGUUGCCUCCUCAGACUCCUUCCUCCCAGCAAGGAAGCCUGUUGAGUUGGCAAAGGGUUGGAGAGGCAGAGGGAAUAACAGGCUGAAGAAAGAAGCAGGACUGAAGAAGAAGGCACGGUAGCCAAGAUGGCCAGCGAGAUCAAGAAGAAGAUGUUCUGGCGGGCCGUGGUGGCCGAGUUCUUCGGCAUGAGCCUCUUCAUCUUCAUCAGCAUCGGGGCGGCCUUGGGCUUCAAUUUCCCCAUCUCGAGCAACAAGACCUACACGCCGAUGCAAGACAACGUGAAGGUCUCCUUGGCCUUCGGGAUCUCCAUCGCCACCAUGGCCCAGAGCGUGGGCCACAUCAGCGGGUGCCACUUGAACCCGGCCGUCACCUUGGGCCUCCUGCUCAGUUGCCAGAUCAGCAUCUUGCGGGCCGUCAUGUACAUUAUCGCCCAGUGCCUUGGGGCCGUGGUGGCCACCGCCAUCCUUUCGGGUGUCACGUCAUCAUUGCCAGACAACACCCUUGGGCUCAACCAGCUGGCGGGAGGAAUCAAUUCAGGACAGGGCCUUGGCAUUGAGAUCAUUGCCACCCUGCAACUGGUUCUCUGUGUUUUGGCCACCACGGACAGGAGGAGGACCGACGUCACUGGAUCAGCCCCACUGGCCAUUGGACUUUCUGUAGCCCUGGGACAUCUUCUCGCAAUUGACUACACCGGCUGUGGAAUUAACCCUGCCAGAUCUUUCGGUUCAGCUUUGGUCGCCAACGAUUUUACCCAUCACUGGAUCUUCUGGGUUGGCCCAUUACUCGGCGGAGCCAGUGCUGCUCUCAUCUACGACUUCAUCCUUGCUCCCAGGAGCAGCGAUGUCACCGACCGGAUGAAAGUCUGGACCAGCGGCCAGGUAGAAGAAUAUGACCUCGAUGCAGAUGACUCCAGAGUGGAGAUGAAACCAAAAUAAAGGCGAAUCGAGACAGGAAGAUAAUGGGGAAAAAAACCCCAAUUUCUGAAGUUUUUUUAAAAAGAGAAAAUAUCAGUAUUAUAGACUCUUUGUAAACAACAAGCAGUUCUUUCCAAAUGUUUUUAUAAGUCAUUAGAGUUUUCUUUCCAUAUUUCUGUCUCCUGUUCUUUCUCGACUUUUAGAUCUGUUGCAAAAUGGGAGGGAUAAAAAUGGUUUUUAUUUUUCAGUAAAUGUGGGCUAGAGAUUGACAGCAUUUCAGAUUUCAAUAUCUCUAUUCAAAGGAUGUGUCUUUUCCUAAAACAGAUGAGCACAGAAGGAUAAUGUCCCUGAGAGCGGAGUCGGAAAUGAGUAUUGAUCAGAGGCGCCGGUGGAGAAAAUGUCUUGAGUUUCAGUCUGAGGACCAAAUUCUAGAAAAGAAAAAAAAAGACCAUGGAAACAUCUUCGUACUUCAGGACUCAUUCUGUGCAAAAUUUGCAUGUGGUGUUUUUGUGCAAAAUUCAGUAUUUUCUGCAUACUCGACAGUGUUUUCUGUAAGGAAUAUGAUAUUUCAAUGCAGAAUUAUUACUUCCAAAUUUUUUGUAAUUGAGGACUUAUUCUGCACAAAAUUUGUAAAUGUCUAAUUUGCACAUAAAAUAUUAUUUUAUACACGCUGUUUUCCUGUGCAGAAAAUGCUGCUUUCCAUGCAAAAUAGCCACAUGUCAAUUGUGUGCAGAAUAAUUCCCAAGUUGCGAAUGGCCUUUGAAUAUUGUGUGGUUUCCAUAGACCUUCUUGCAGCUGGAAGGAAAUUGCUGAAAUUAUCCACUGCUAGCUCCAAGAAGAAACUAAGGAUGCAUCUACAUUGCAGAGUGAAUGUGUUUUAGUUGCCAUGGCUGGAUGCUAUGGAAUCCUAGGAGUUGAUGAGAUAUCACCACUCGUUGGCGGAAAAGAUUAAAGAUUUUGGAAAACUGCAAAUCCCAGGAUCCCAUAGCAUUGAAGCAUGGUAGUUAAGGCGGUUUUGCAAUGGGUUAAACCCUUGUGCCAGCUGAACCUCUGACUUGAAGGUUCGUGGUUCAAAUCUGCGAGAUGAGGUGAGCUCCCAUCUGUCAGCCCUAGCUUCCCAUGCAGGAUGUUAACACAUCCAGGUGAUGCUUUUGAAGACAGCUGAUUCUCUCACACCUGAAGCAACUUUCCACAAUUCGCUUCUGACAUGAUAAAAAUAGUUAAAGUGGUGUUAAACUGAGUUAGUAGCAUAGGUAAAACCACAACUUUCAUGAUUCUACGGCAGUCAUGGUCAAACUUGGGCCCUCCGGGUGUUUUGGACUUCAACUCCCACAAUUCCUAACAGCCGGUAGGCUGUUAGGAAUUGUGGGAGUUGAAGUCCAAAACACCUGGAGGGCCCAAGUUUGCGCCUUUUUCAACAGCAUUGUAUCAUGGCAGUUAAAGUGGUUUCAAACCGCAUUGAUUCUACAGUGUAGACACCUACUCUGUUUUAUAUGUAAAGAAACAAAUCUAUUUCAGUUCACAUAAUCUAUUAGUUAUGAUCUAUUUUGACCUUCACGAACCAAAAGGGCUCUAAGAAUAGUCUGGAAAUAUUUCCACUUCAGUUAGAAGAAGCAAGCAGAACAUGUUCCUAGUUAUUUCUUAACUAUCUUUGACAUGGUAUUUUGUGUCAUGUGCAUGUAAAUAUGGUGUCAUGACUGCAUAAGUGACUGGCUGAAAAAUAAAGAAAACUUGUGCUUAUCA